AUGGCAGCCCAACUGGCUGUCGACGUUUUUGAACAAGAGCGCAGACGCUUGGAGCUUGCUGCUGUGGAGUUGAGAACAAGUUUGGCGGAGAAGGAUGUUCAGUUGACUGAAAGGUGCUCCGAGGCAGCGCGAGAAGAAGCCAAGCUUCUCCAGCUCCGGUACGCUUCAGAGCUGAACGAGUCCAAGUCCAAAGAAAACGAGCUCCGGAAGCAUCUUCAGGACCUCGGCCGCAGCGCGCAAUUGCAAGCAAAGGAGAUGAACGUGGCCGAGGAAGAGCUGAAAGAAGCGGAGGAGUACGAGAGCGCGUGCCUCCAUAGAAAGGAAGCCCGGCAGGAAGUGCAAGCGCGCUUUGAGAAGGUCAAGAAAGAUUGCCAGAUAGCAAGCUUGCGUUCGGAGAUACAGGUUGCCAUCGACAGCAGGACGGCAGAUGAGUUGCAACUGACUCAGUUGUUGCGUGUCAAAGAGGAGCAUGCGCAGAAGGAAGCAGGGACGAAAGACACAGACAGCAUGACGCUUCAAGAGCAGGUUGCGGCUGACUUGAAAGACCAACUCUUUGAAAGCCAGGAAACUGUGGCCAGCCUUGAAGAAUCGUUCCAGUCCAUGCAGUCCCUUUGUUUGAAGACCGAAGCACACAUUGAGGAGAUGCUCCAGGAUUCGACCAUCGAAGCUCAAGCCUGCCAGAAGGACGAAGACACCGAAGCCCAGGAAGAGCUGUUGGAAGAGAGCCGGAAGUUGGACAAAGCCGAUGACCAGAUCAACCAGGUGCAGAGGCUGUACCACAUCGCUGAGGGUCUUGCGGCUGAACUGCGGAAGUCAGGUGCUCUUGUUAGCGAGGCGGCUUCAACAGUCUCGCCCGUUGCCAGCAGUGAGGUCUUGGAUGGGCUCUUGUCAGAGGAACAUCAGCUCCAGGCUGAGGUUUCAUCAUGCUCCCUUGACGCAAGCAAAGUCGAGGUUCAGGUGAAGCACUUGGAAGAGGAGCUGGAGCAUGUUCGGAACACCGUGCAGGCAAAUCAGUUGAGGACAGCCCAAGCACAAGAACGGAUAAGCCUGUCCGCUUGCGAGAGGCAGGCAGAGGAGCUUCGUGCCAGGCUGUUCAAGCUUCGGUCCAAAGAUCCCUCAGGUGUGAUGGGCGGUGUGGAGGACUCGUUGAAGCAAGUCAUGCUCGCGCUGGAUGCGAAGGGGAGGCGACUUCUCCUUCAGAAGCAGGCUGUUUUGCCAGCAGAGGCUGAGAAGAGGAGUCUUCCUGAGUCUUCAUAG